AUGCCAGCAAAUCGAAUGUCACGAAAUUUAUUGUUAAAAGAUGGUUAUCAAUCGCUAGAUACUACUGAAUGUGAAGAAUUUAUUUUUUCAUCAUCUUCUUCUGAGAACUCUCGAAGAACAUCCAUUGCUAGUGAUAUAUCAUCGUCAGAACAACAUCAAGAUACAAACGACCUUGGUGAUAAAUCAGAGAACGAAGAACAUAUUCAUUAUGGCCUGGCAAAACGAAUUACAUCUGAAAAUUCUCAAGAAAAUUUUCAAAUUUUUUAUGAAAUUCACAAUGGCUUUACAUCAGAUCAAGUAUCAAUUAUUGAAAAUGCUUUACAAAUUGUUGCUGAUAGAUUAUUUAAACCAGAAAUUCUACGAAAUCUAUAUCAAAUUUGUGGUACAUCUGGCUGUUUCUUAACAGAAGGAGUAUUGUCACAGUCAAACUUAAUACAAAAUUCGAUUUAUUACAAUAAAUAUCUAUUAUUACAUUAUCAAUUAAUGUGUCUGAAAGCUCAAAGUGAAAAUGGUAAAAUUCCUAUCAUCAAUAUUUAUCCGAUUCAUGAAAAAGAUCAAAAAGAAAGUAAACAUUCUCUUCCAUGUAUCUUUUGUAUUUCUCAUGGAUCAUCAUUUUUAAUUGAUGGUGAAUUUGAAAUUGAAUUAAAUCAAGAUAAACUUAAUGGAUCAGUUAAAAACAGUUCAAAUGCAUUAUUUUGGGCUGGAGAAAUUGUUUAUGAAAUGCUUCGAAAUUUAGGUCAUCAAUUUAAUGGAAAUCGUUGCACAAAUCGAUCACAAAUUGAUGUUUUCAAACAAUGUUUUCUACAUAAUGGAAAUUAUAUUCCUAUUAAAAAAAAAUGA